GGGGAAUAAAGUGGGUUCAAGGUCCACUAUCACCUCAGCACCUGCCUAUGACCCUGGAUCAUCUGCCGGCGAUUCAACAUGGACUGGACUUCUCCAGGAGAGAUCUUGUGAUGCUGUGGGCGGCAUGCUGUUUGGGUUUCUUUGGUUUCUUAUGAGCUGGGGAGUUGACCUGCAAGCUGAUUCCCUGGUGAAUCCUCCCUGUUUUAAAGUUCAUAUCAAGUGCUCUAAGACUGAUCCGUUUCACAUGGGCUGUGAUAUAUAUGUGGGGCGUGGUGAGGGCUCGGUGUGUCCCAUCCGUGCCUUGGUCAACUUCUUGGCUCUGCGUGGCUCUUCUGAGGGUCCUCUCUUUACUUUUAGUGACGGUCGCCCUCUUACUCGGCUACAGUUGUCAUCCACAGUUCAGUCUAUCUUGCACUCAGCUGGCUAUAUUGGCUCCUAUUCAGGCCAUAGCUUCUGAAGGGGGGGCAACUACAGCUGCUGCCCGGGGAGUUCCGGAUCAUCUGAUCAAGACCCUAGGCCGGUGGUCUAGUGAUGCCUACCAUAUUUAUAUUCGCACUCCAGUUAGCUCCAUCGUCCACGUAUAA